AAGACAAGUGGAAAGCGGAUGUGUUUAUUGUUGGAAUACACACUCUAAGAUAACGUACGUUUUAUUUUAACUUUUCGUAUUAAAUGUGUUACUUAAACGCGUAAUCUUUGUAAAUGCACGCGUUGUAUUAAAGCAGACUUUUCGACGAAGAGUAUAAACUUUGAUCUUUAAGAAGAGAUGGGAUUAACACGCGUUGUAUUAAAAGCAGACGUUUCGACGAAGAGUAUAAACUUGAAGACAAUAAUCAUCAUGUCGGAAAACGAAAAUAGGGAUAUCAGAACGAUACCUGACAAGGAUUUCAAAAGCGAAACGUAUAUCAUACGUAAACCUGUUCUGGUCACCUUCAUAGCUCAGGACCACCCCAUUGGUACCACCAACAACUCGAAACUAAAGAGCAUGGUUGUAGACAAGAAUUCGAAACUUGUAAAUCGCGAAGUAGAUAUUGACAUGAAGCUUUUAGACGAAUUCUUCAGAGAACAGUUAACCAUACAGCCCCAGGUCGAAUUUCUUGUAAAUCACAAACACGACGAAAUUCAUGAGUAUAUGAAAGCAAUAGAGGCGGAGAAGUAUGACGGUUUCUUCUUUGUUUUCUUAUCUUACCUCUCCCUCAAGGAACGAAACAAAAAGGGCGAACUUCCGUGCCUUAAAGUGGAAUGUUACGACAAAGCCGUACCGAUAGAGAAUUUUAUGGGUAUGGUAAAGGAACGUAGACACAUGGCACUGAAGCCGAAAGUAUUCAUCUUCCAAGCAGACGAUCUGGAUCUCAUGCAACCAAAUAUAAUAAAGAAAGCGUUUGGUUUUGGUGAAACGGUAGAACUAAAGACAAUGACGAUACCAACAGAUGCUGACCAGCUCAUGAUGCUGUCAACACUUCCACAACGGCUUCCAACACUACGACCGGAAACGAAUGUCGCCAUACCAACAGCGUCCGAGGGAGGAGGGGUGGUGGAUCAGCCAAGCGACGUUAGUGAAAAAGUCACAGUCAGGAAAGAGAAUUCCUUGCUGAUCAAAGCUCUUGUGGACGUUCUCAAAGCAAAUAGAGAUGUUGAUAUCUUAAGCUGCACUCCGCUGAUAAAUGGAAAGGUAGAGAAGCUUAUAGAUGCACUAGGCCUUGCAGACGAGUAUGGGAAAGAUUUCGUUAAAAAUAAACUAGUGUUGCCUGUUGUGUACUCCACGCUUACAAAAGAUCUACAUUUCUACAACGUGCGAGACAAUCCAAAUGGACUGUAACCGUCAAACUUCCGAAUGAUAUCAUUACACAAAAUAAUUCAUGUAUUGUUUUCGAAAACAUUGACAUUGUUGAAUACGUAAACAUAAAGUUAAUAUUAUAAUCAGACCUUAUACACGAUGUGCUACAGGCUAUAUUUGAUUCUGUUAUAAAUAUAUUGGCUGUUUGGGGUAUAAACACUUAACAAAAUAAGUCUGUGUGUUUUAUAACACAUUUAACUGUGUUUUAAUAUUUUAACAUUGCAUAUGUAUUGCAUAUGAUGUAUACACUAAACUAUUUAAUUAA